GUGCUGGCGCCACAGGUGGAGGAUUAGCCUAGUGAGCCGCGGUGCCGGCCUACGGAGCACCUGUUAAGAGCAAUUAAGAUGGAGGAGAUUUCAGUUUCUUGUUAGGAAGACAGCCCGACACCGAAAACAACUCCUUCAGACCCCUCUGGAAGUUAUUUUGGGGCUACUUGGGCAGGAGUCCGAGAAUGAUGUGCACCUCCUGAGGCAGUGCUAGCUGAAUGCUGUGCUUCAGCUGUUCUGCCCACCUAGUGCUGGUCUAGGCCCUGGUUCCCUCUCUCUCUCUCUCUCUCUCACUCACACGCAUACAGAGAGAGAAACGCUUGCAUUAGCUUCUCUCUCCCUGUGGAGCCAGCUCAACUUGUUCUUCCUUUUUAAGUAACAGACCCCACUCCCACAGGAAUCACACCAAAGGAAAAGAUGCCUUAAUUGAUGUUAGAACCAGAAAAAAAGCCAGGAGGUCCAUGCAGGCCUCCAGUAACCCAGCUUUGAAAGGAAGCAGCGUGCUUUCAUGAGAGCGUAUGCUCAGGGAGGCAGGAGACCUGUGUUCUUGUUCUUGUUCCAGCCUUCCAGGUGCCCUCAGACAAGCAGCUUAACUGCCCUGAGCCUCAGUUUCUCCACUGCUCACCCUUGCCUCUCCUGCAUGGAGAACAGGUGAGGGAAGUCACACCAGGCACUUUGAGCCUUGCAGUAGUUUUGCAGAAUCCCAGAGGGCACCUGUGGGGUUGAUGGUUUGGACAUGAAAGGCGCCCCUGAGUGCCAGACUGCCCCCUCAUCUUUGGAUCUCUGACCACCUCCAUUUCUGUAGCUCGUUCCAGAGGGUUUGAGCUCUGUAACCACUGUGGACUUGGGCUCUUUUAAUCACUGCCCCUAAGGGAACGUUCAAGGAAGCACUUAUUACUGUGGCUUGUUCUAGCGGUCUGGUCCCAAAGCUCCGUGCAUCCAGGGAGGAUGUCAAGAGAAGAGGAGUGGAAAAUAAAUGGAGAGCAGUGUUUCCCACACCCAGGCUUCCUAGGGAACCAGGCUGGAGAGUAGACUCUGAUGAAAUGUAAGGGAGACUUGAUUGCGAAGUGCAAGGAGGCCCGGGUUUCAGGCUGGAGCCCCAGCUCCAGAAGAAUGAAGGGGCAGAGAAACAGACACUCUCCCUCUGUCUGCCCUCCUGCACCCCCCACCCCUACUCCACAUGGUAGUGCGGGCAAAUCCAGUCUCCGCCCGUCUGUGCCGUGAGAUCCUUCUGAGAGAUGGCUCAGGCCCUCCUGGCCUCACUCUUGCCUGUGGGGCGUUUACUUUUCCUUAGAUGAGUGGAACAAGCAAUCUUGGAUAUAUGUAAAUUUCCACCACAUAGACUUUUUUUUUUCUUCCCCUUCUCCCACAGGCAGAUAAUUCAUUGCAACAAUUCACAGUCAGAUAAUUCAUCGCAACAAUUAUCACUUUUAAUUGUUCUCAGUUCCUGAUUGUUUAAUACUCGACUUCCAAUUACUCCUUGCCUUCCCUCAAAUAGGCUAACCUGCAUUUUAAAUUCAGAGUGCUCCCUUUAAAAAAAAAAAAAAAACAAUACUACUACUAAGCAUAGCUAGUAACUGCUAGGAGGGUCGGGAAAGCCACUGGAAGGUUUAAUCUGUUUAUCACACCUUCUGUAAGGGGUUUACCACUACAUGCUGUGGUGGGCCACUCUCUUCUGUCUCCUGCUUUCCUGAGACCCGCCAGGGCCAACCCCUUGAAAUGACUGAAUCCAGCUUCUUCCUGUCAUUGCUACCCCAUCCUUAAGUGAGGCCUGGAGCCUCAGUGGGGGCUGCUGCGCCUGUCUCUGGCAGCAUCCGCUGCAUCUCCAGGGGCAGGGCCUGUGUGUGCUGGAAAUCCGGAGUGCUCUGAGUUCCGAGAGCAUUUCCAGCCUGGAGCUGGGGAAGCCUGCAGAGGUGGUGGGUGGGCGGAAACCUUGCACGUCGUCUCUCUCACCAGGACAAAGCGUGAGGUUUUCCUUCUUUAGGAUAGUAUUGGACCACACUAAAGCGAUGCUUUAGGUUUCUUACUAACUCCAGAAUGUUAAAGAAGAACCUACCUUCCUGGAUGUGGCUCUAACGGCAGCUGUCUUCUCUCUCCACAGACUCUUUAAGAUGGACAUAGAAGACUGCAAUGGCCGCUCCUAUAUGUCUGGAAUCCACGCUUCCUGGAAGGUGAGUGGCUGGGCUCACCCCUGCCUGCCACCGAGACGCAGGCAUGCACACACCACCCGCACUCCCUCGCCGUUUCCAAGGCGGCGGCCGCGCUCGCACCCCAGGGUCUCACCGGCAAGGGAAGGAUAAUCUGGAGAGGGAUCCCUCAGGAGGGUGUGUUCCGGAUUUCUUGCCUCAGGCCCAGGACUCCAACCAUUUUAUAAUGGAAUCUUUAUUUUGUGAAAGUAGCGGGGACUCAUCUCUGGAGAAGGAGUUCCUCGGGGCCCCGGUGGGGCCCUCGGUGAGCACCCCCAACAGCCAGCACUCUUCUCCCAGCCGCUCACUCAGUGCCAACUCCAUCAAGGUGGAGAUGUACAGCGAUGAGGAGUCGAGCAGACUGCUGGGGCCCGAUGAGCGGCUCCUGGACAAGGAUGACAGCGUGAUUGUGGAAGACUCGUUGUCGGAGCCCCUGGGCUACUGUGAUGGGAGUGGGCCCGAGCCCCACUCCCCUGGAGGCAUCCGGCUGCCCAACGGCAAGCUCAAGUGUGAUGUCUGCGGCAUGGUCUGUAUUGGACCCAACGUGCUCAUGGUGCACAAGCGCAGCCACACUGGAGAAAGGCCCUUCCACUGCAACCAGUGUGGGGCCUCCUUCACGCAGAAGGGCAACCUGCUGCGCCACAUCAAGCUGCACUCUGGGGAGAAGCCCUUCAAGUGCCCCUUCUGCAACUACGCCUGCCGUCGGCGUGACGCACUCACUGGCCACCUCCGCACACACUCGGUCUCCUCUCCCACGGUGGGCAAACCUUACAAGUGUAACUACUGUGGCCGGAGCUACAAACAGCAGAGCACCCUGGAGGAGCACAAGGAGCGCUGCCACAACUACCUGCAGAGUCUCAGCACUGAAGCCCAGGCCUUGGCUGGCCAACCAGGUGACGAGAUCCGUGAUCUGGAAAUGGUGCCAGACUCCAUGCUGCACGCAUCAUCUGAGCGGCCAACGUUCAUCGACCGUCUGGCCAACAGCCUCACCAAACGCAAGCGUUCCACCCCCCAGAAGUUUGUAGGUGAAAAGCAGAUGCGCUUCAGCCUCUCGGACCUCCCCUAUGAUGUGAACUCGGGCGGCUAUGAGAAGGAUGUGGAGUUGGUGGCGCACCACGGCCUGGAGCCUGGCUUUGGGGGUUCUCUGGCCUUCGUGGGUGCAGAGCAUCUGCGUCCCCUCCGCCUCCCACCCACCAACUGCAUCUCAGAACUCACACCAGUCAUCAGCUCCGUCUACACCCAGAUGCAGCCCCUUCCCGGUCGACUGGAGCUCCCAGGGUCCCGAGAAGCAGGUGAGGGACCCGAGGACCUGGCUGAUGGAGGUCCCCUCCUCUACCGGGCCCGGGGCCCCCUGACUGACCCUGGCGCCUCCCCCAGCAAUGGCUGCCAGGACUCCACAGACACAGAGAGCAACCAUGAAGAUCGGGUAGGGGGGGUGGUAUCCCUUCCUCAGGGUCCCCCACCCCAGCCACCUCCCACCAUCGUGGUGGGCCGGCACAGUCCUGCCUACGCCAAAGAGGACCCCAAGCCGCAGGAGGGGUUACUGCGGGGCACCCCAGGCCCCUCCAAGGAAGUGCUUCGGGUGGUGGGCGAGAGCGGUGAGCCCGUGAAGGCCUUCAAGUGUGAGCACUGCCGCAUCCUCUUCCUGGACCACGUGAUGUUCACCAUCCACAUGGGCUGCCACGGCUUCCGAGACCCCUUCGAGUGCAACAUCUGUGGCUACCACAGCCAGGACCGGUACGAGUUCUCUUCCCACAUUGUCCGGGGGAGCACAAGGUGGGCUAGUGACCUCUCCCCCUCCCCGCAGCCCACCACAACACCACUGCCCCACUUACUGGUGUCUAGCCCUGUCCCCACCACAUCCCAAGGAGUUUUGCUUUGUAGCCCCCAGCACUGGCUACCUGACUUCACACCUGACCCUGACCCCUGUUCACCUCACACACCUCCCCCUGGACUCUGACCCGUGUAAGCAUUGUGAUGACACGGGUCUUCUGCUUGUCUCCACUUUCUCCCUCCUCUCAUCCCAGCAGGAGCACUGAGUUAUUUCUCGCUUA